AUGCCGAGCGAAGAGUCUAGCCUUUUGGAUGAUCUCCACAUCCUCGAUGAAUUGGGCAUACCGUCGUCUGCACCCCGUAAAUCUGAGCGUGAUGGCAACCACUUAGAAUUCCCACCCUCAGAGGUAGAGUUUUCAGCUCAAAAUCCACCAGUCUAUCAGAGUAGCGAUGUUUUGACAGAGUUUUUGAACCCCUCUGCUUUGGAUGAGUAUUCACAUGGGCAUCAAACAUACCCUGAAACUGCAGCAUCGCUGCCUCCCCCCACAUUGGUUGUGGAGGACUAUCAAGAGCUGGAAGACACCGUGCCAACCAUUGUUGUAAACGAACAGCAUGGGGUCGCUGAUCUACCGAACCUGGAUGUACCGUACUUAGCAGGCGACGCCGCGACUCAGCCUCUUCCUGCCUUGCAACAAAUGCCGGCCCUCGAAUCCAGCGAAUCGAAAACCAACCUUGAUUUUCUGUUUGCAGAGAGGCUCACGAAUAUGCAACUAGCUGAUGACUUUUCAGGAAACUCGCCCGCAGGAUCUUUGGACCCAUUUAGCCCCAUAACCAGUGCGGCAGGAUCACCCGUGCCUUUCCCCCAAAUUGAAAACAGCGGCGAAACUGUAUCACCACUGCUAUCGCCCUAUCUGAAUUCUGAGCCAGCGUUUGCUCAUAUUAGGAAUCGGGCAGUUUCGGACUCUUCAUUGGCUUUUCCUUUUAUUUAUGACACCCCCGCCGAAUACUCUCUUAGUAGGUAUCAAAGACAAGGAUAUCAUACCGAUGAAGAAUCCGAACCAACCGCGGUGCCGAUAUAUCGUGGUGACUACGAAGAAUUUCUCCAAUCUCCAAAUUCUUACGGUGAAGAGCCGAACACUCAGCGAACAGGACGCUCUGUGGAGCCCAGCUAUCUCCAGGCACCACUAUCGGCGAGAACAAGUCGAAGUCCGUCUCAAAAUCGAAUCCACAAGAACAAACUAGCGGCGCCUCGAAACCGGCCUCGGGCCAUCUCUAAUCCCGUUGAGAACACAGCCACAGGGGACAAUGAUUCAGGAUUAAUGUUUUGCUGUGAUCAAUGCGACAAGAAGUUCACCCGGGCCUAUAAUUUACGAAGCCAUAUGCGGACACAUACUGAUGAAAGACCGUUCUUGUGUACGGUCUGCGGGAAAGCGUUUGCUCGACUUCACGAUCGCAAGCGGCACGAAGACCUACACUCAGGAGAAAAACGUUAUGCUUGUAGCGGAAAACUGAGCGAUGAUGCCAGUCGAUGGGGCUGUGGUCGACGUUUUGCGCGAGCAGACGCUCUGGGUCGUCACUUCCGGACGGAAGCAGGAAAAAGCUGCAUUCGUCCGCUUGCUGAGGACCUGUCAAAGCACCCCGAUAUCAAUGACCACCCCGAGGGUAUCGCUCUUCAUCACAACACUAAUACCUCACACGGGCUAGAGUUGACACUAGUUGGCGACGACAAAUCCCAUCCCAGCCAACGCACAGUGAUCAUGACAGCGCUGUCCGAAUAUAUGUGGAACGAGUGA